CGACUGACGGACCAAAAGCUAGAGCUAUCACCACCGCAGCGUCUAACGUCUUUUCGCGAAACCGACGAUUUCGAUUUUCCUCCGUGCGCAUAAUACCAAAGAACAAAAGCGCAAUCAUCAUCACCACGACGUGAUUAAAAGUACGCCGACGAGUUUGCCCGCCUUUCGAACAAUUCGUCGAUACCAUCCAUCCGUCUAGCGUCAUCAGCUUCAGUCCAGCUGGUCCCAUCCCUCUAUAUACCUACACACACAAAACACAAGAUUCACAAUGGCCUCAACACAACCCAAGAACGACGCCAAGUCGACCGAGCCCAAGCCCGAGCAGCCCGUUACCGAGAAGAAGACGGCCGUGUUGGAGGAGGACGACGAGUUUGAGGACUUCCCCGUCGAUGACUGGGAAGCCGAAGACACAGAAGCCGCCAAGGGCAACAACGAGGUCAAGCACCUAUGGGAGGAGUCCUGGGACGACGAUGACACGAGCGACGACUUUUCCGCGCAGCUAAAGGAGGAGCUGAAGAAGGUUGAGGCUGCUAAGAAGCGGUAAUCGGAGGACUUUCGAAGCUUGUACGAAGUAUGAUAUGAGGGGAGGACAGGCGCAUCAAUACAAUAUUGAUCAAAGUUUCAGUCCGGGAUCCUGCGGUGACAUUGCUGUGUGAGGCUUCGAUAUGCGAGUGAAAGGUGAAGGGGACCCUCCGACUAUAAAGGAACAAUAACCCGGAGACGUGCCGACUUGUGUAGUCAUUGGGUAUCAACAUGGGAUUGAAGUGGUUUGCAUAGACUUCGUCUCGAACUUGGUGCAUAGACUUGAAUAAUAUCUUACG